CCCUCAACCAUCAUUGGCCGUUGGGUCUGUGGGUCCAAGCUUUUGCAAGCAUUCCAUCGCAACUGCAUCAUCAAGCCGACGGGUUAGCACCAAGCAUACCUAAGCCGACCCAGGUACCAAGACGAAUUUCGGCACACCAAGUCCAUCCACAAUAUCCGGCGCACUGAUCGAGCUGCUGCUCACCUUCGAAUCCGCAUGUCAGCAAGCUCUUGCUAAGGUCAAUCUGCCCCCAGGAGGCUCCUAUCCAGCUUUAUUGGUGAUACCGAGCAUCGCCGACAACUAUCCGUCAAGAUGAAGCCUCUCGUCAGUGCCAUGCAAGCAUGGUCUUGCGUGGUCAUCUCCGUCUUCGCAAUCGUCAUCCUCUCGGUCCUCGGUAUAUUAUUCAAGAACAACCACCAUGAGAUGGUCGGAGGCAAAGAGGAUCCUGCAAACGGCCCCGAGGUUGCGGGCACAAUCUUUGUCGCUGUAAUCAUCUACUGCGGUUUCUUGGUGUUCUGUGGUUUGCAGGGCCUGAUGCACGUUCGCGAAAGCCGAAGGGGAGCUAUCGCGCUAUAAGGAUGGACUCUCGACACUAAAUGGACAGCCGCGCGGUGCCCCUGAAGAGUUUGUAAAUAUGGCCAGGUGGCCUACAUGUUUGGGUAUCUGUUUUUUUGUUGUUUUCGACUUUGGGAUUGGCGUUGAUGGGACUCAGCUACCGGCCACCGGAUAGCGUUGGCGCUGUUGUCUUUGUUCUGGCUGUGACAGCGAAGAACUAGUCUUGUUACAGAUGAAAUAGAAUGCAGCAGCUUGAAUAGCUGUUUGUCAAUAGCUCACAUAUUCGGAUCCUGGCACUACAAUCUAGGUAUAUGGACAACGGUUAAGGUUCGGUAUAAACGUCGCUAUACGCCCCG